AUGAAGAAGGUUCUUUGUCUCCACGGCAAGGGGACCAGUGGCAGUAUCUUCCGCUCCCAGAUUUCCUCAUUCCGCGCCAAACUUCCCGACGACAUACAAUUUGAUUUUAUCGACGGCCCAUUUAAAAGCGACGCCGCCGCAGGCAUAGAUAUCUUCUACAGCCCGCCGUACUACUCCUUCUGGGAAAAUGAUAGCGUCGACUCCAUCCGAGCCACGUACGACUGGCUAACUGACCAUAUUGCCAAAAACGGCCCAUACGAUAUCGCGCUCAUGUUUUCACAAGGCUGCGUCCUGGGCUCUAGUGCUCUCCUCUUCCAUCAGGAAGAGACACCCCAUCUCCCGCCACCGUUCAAAGCGGCGAUUUUCGUCUGCGGCGGCGCCUCGUUGGGUGUUCUUGAGGAAAUGGGCUUCCAUGUUUCUGCCGAGGCGCGCGAGCGUGAUCGUGCAUCCCGGUCUGCACUAGCUCAACAAGCUACCUCGUCGGCGCUCCUGGCCCACGGUGCGGAUCGGUGGACUGGUCUCAAGACUCUAGAUAGCGGGCUCUCCGAGGACGAAUUGCGGAAAGAGAUUACUAGCCCCUACCGUAUUAAUGUUCCGACGGUACAUAUUUACGGCUCGAAAGAUCCUCGGUGGGCGGCCGGUGUGCACCUCUCCGGUAUCUGUGAACCAUCGAAACGGCGCACCUAUGAUCAUGGCGGUGGGCAUGAAAUUCCUCGAACGGCUGCCGUGAGCAACUCGAUUGCGGAGCUUUUCCAGUGGGCUAUUGCACAGAGUGGUUCAACUUGA